AAGUAGUGCUUUUCUUCUCUUGUCACGUUCACGGGGCGGCCGAUCGACCGUUCACCUCGCCCGACGGCCCAAGCAGCCCAUGUCUUCGUCGGGCCCCUCCCCGGCGACGGGAAUCCACGCGUCGCCGCCGUUGGGCCUUUUGCCGGCGACGGGAACCCAUCACACCAGGUCAUGGGGCAAAACAACCUCCACAAGUUUUACUGGUUCUACCACCAAACAUGAGCAGAGCUUGCAUGGAAAUGUUAAGCCGUUGCAAUUGGCGGCAAAUGAAUCCUCUCGUUUGGCUUACAGAAGUCCAGCACUUAAAAACCAGUGGAAUCUUCCUGCUAGUUCUUCCUCCACUAAUGUGGUUACCACCUUUGAUGAUAACGAACACGUGUCUUCCAGUGUUAUUGAAGAAAAAGUUGGAGUACUGUUAUUAAACCUUGGUGGUCCAGAGACACUUGACGAUGUUCAACCAUUUUUAUUCAACCUAUUUGCUGAUCCAGAUAUCAUUCGACUCCCUAGGCUCUUCAGGUUUCUUCAAAGACCACUGGCCAAACUUAUUUCUACUUUUAGAGCUCCUAAGAGUAAAGAAGGGUAUGCUUCAAUUGGUGGUGGGUCGCCGUUAAGGAAAAUUACUGAUGAACAGGCGAAUGCUUUGAAGAUUGCCCUGGAAAAGAAAAAAUUGAACGCAAACAUAUAUGUUGGGAUGCGGUAUUGGUACCCUUUCACAGAAGAGGCCAUUGAUCAAAUUAAAAAGGAUAAGAUUACCAAGCUCGUUGUUCUUCCCCUUUACCCUCAGUACUCCAUAUCAACAAGUGGGUCAAGCAUUCGUGUUCUCCAAGACAUUGUCAAGGAAGAUUCAUAUUUUUCUGGUUUGCCAAUUUCCAUUAUUGAAUCAUGGUACCAACGAGAUGGCUAUGUGAAAUCAAUGUCUGACCUAAUUGAAAAGGAGCUCUCCGCCUUCUCCAAUCCUGAAGAGGUUAUGAUAUUCUUCAGUGCACAUGGUGUGCCACUUACCUAUGUUGAGGAUGCUGGAGAUCCUUACAGAGAUCAGAUGGAGGAUUGUAUUGCUUUGAUCAUGGGGGAGUUAAGAUCAAGAGGAAUCUUAAAUAGUCACACUUUGGCGUACCAGAGUCGGGUGGGGCCAGUUCAAUGGCUGAAGCCAUAUACUGAUGAAGUUUUAGUAGAACUUGGUCAAAAGGGUGUGAAGAGCCUCCUGGCUGUUCCAGUAAGCUUUGUGAGUGAGCACAUCGAGACAUUGGAAGAAAUUGACAUGGAGUACAAGGAGUUGGCUCUGGAAUCAGGCAUCAAGAACUGGGGUCGGGUUCCUGCUCUUGGAUGCACUUCAACAUUCAUCUCCGACCUUGCAGAUGCUGUCGUCGAAGCCCUGCCCUCUGCUUCAGCGCUCGCGACCAGAAAGCCUGACGACAUCGAUUCCAGCAUGGACCUGACGCAUUACCUCACCAAGAUGCUGUUUGGCUCAAUCUUGGCAUUUGUCCUGCUGCUAUCACCAAGGCUAGUUUCCGCCUUCCGGAGCACCAUGCUUUAAGUUUUUCUCCAAAGCACUAAAUUUGAGAUUGAGAAUGAGAUAUUUCAUUUUGGACCUUUUUUUCCUCCUUAAUAGAAUGAUGUGCAGUUCUUCUGCUCGUUCCAGAGAAAAAAAUAACUGCUAGGAACUCACAAGGUAGUAGGGGAUUGCAAAAGGGAUGUGAACAGCUGUUUUGAUCGAAGUUGUCUAUAAAUACCGUGCUCACGGACUCUGUAUUUU